AUAGAAACAAUUGUGUUUAGAUAAUCAAGGUUAGAAUGUAAAAUGAUUCUUCUGGAAGUAGUUCCACAGAACAUACUUGUUAUUCACAAUGCAAUGACAUCAUAAAAACAGAAAUGGAUUUUGAGCCUUUCCAUAGUGAUGAUGAAGAGGCUACUACAAUUAUACUAGAGAAGAAAAAGAGAGAUGGAUCAGAUAGGAAGAAGAAAGGAAAAGGUGGCCCCUUAUUUCGCAGCGAGAAAAAAGAUAAAAGUAUAGACUCAAAUUCUCCUGCUGGAAUUAAACAGAAACAUAGCGUGCAUGGAGUAGUUGGUCCUGCAGAUUAUAUAUUUGAUCACGGAGGUAGUCCACCAAAUGAAACUUCAACAGUUACAACAAACAUGCCAGGUUUCAUACAACCCAACCAAACUGUACAGUUACAAAAUCCUAAUCAAGCAAGUUUAAAUGCAGUCUCACAAGCAGCAUCUCCUUGGCCUAACCAGCCAGUACCACAGCCAAUAUAUAAACAGCCAACUGUGCCUUUACCUAAGCCUUCCUUUCCAAAUCCACCUGUUCCAUCAUUCCAACCAAACUUUCCCCCAACCAUGUCUACAAAAGUAGAAAGGCCACAUUCAUCAGCCGCAUUGUUGCAGGAUCGCCAAUCACCACAAACGCCAACACCAUUUAAGCAGCCCCAAAAUGUGACGCCACAAAAAUCAACGCUGUUGGCACAAGCAAUGGGAUCUAACUAUGGCCAGCCUGCCUCACCUAACAAUCUUACACAUCAUCGCAAUCAAUCUUAUUCCCGUGCCAUGUCAGUUCCCAUUCUCCACCAGCCAGAAGUAAAUGGUGCACCUUUCCAAGCUAACUUUAAUGAUGAAACCAGUGCAGUAUCUCACCAUGAGUUUUCAACUUCACCUAUACCGGAGAGUAGAACCCCAACAAGAACAGCCUCGCUUACAACUCCACCUUUGACACCAAGUGCUGAAACACCACAAGAGUUUUGGUUACAUGAUUCUGGACAACAAGUUAGUAAAUUGGUAGACCAAAAUGCUGAGAAGUGGGCACAAUUUUCGAUAUCAACAUCUCCACCGAACCAGGAUGAAUAUUCUGUAAAUAGAAGAGAAAGUCAUGGUGCAGAAAGUUUGCCUGAAAGUUUUCAACACAGCAUACCAGACAGUACGAGUAGUAUAGAUGACGAUAUGGACGAAUCGGUAUGGUGUAUCAAUGAAGAGCAGAGGGAAUAUUAUACUAAUCAGUUUGUAAAAUUGCAACCAAACACAAGCGACGUAAUUAAAGGUCCCCAAGCAAGAGACUUUUUUUUGAAAUCAAACCUUCCUACGGAAAUAUUAUCAAAGAUAUGGCAUUUGUCAGAUCUUGAUAAAGAUUUUGCUUUAAACCUUGACGAGUUCUCUAUCGCAAUGCAUCUGGUUGUUGCAGUAAGGCAUGGUGUUGAUUUGCCACAAUUUUUACCACCCACUUUACUGCCAAAAGAAGAAGCAGAACCAUACGAAGUUACUGAACCUAUAGUACAAGAAGAAGAAUCCUUGCACAAUGUUGACGAUGCUAUUGAAAAAGAUCCACCUUCAGAGUGGGCUGCAGACUUUGACAGUGUAGACGGCGGUGUUGUACAAGCACACAAGAGUACAGAGAAUUUAACAAUGCGAUCUGAUACCGUGCAAACUCUGGGACAGGUCUCCCCUGGACCAGUCACAAUCCCGAUGGAAGCGAGAGUCCAACCGAUAUCUUCACAAACAAGUGGUACUGUGUCUCAAAUGACGUCAUCAUUAGAACAGCUACAACAACCUACAACGUCGCCACAACUUCAACGAGAAACAGUGACGACAAAUAAAGAUUCUGCUGGGACUGCAAUCGCUAGGCCUAGAGCUUCUGCGAAUAAAAAUGUUAAUUUGAUGGACGCUUCACCAUGGCAACUGCUCCCUCCUCCCACGAAGUCGAAACAAACGGUUAAAAAAACUCUUACGCUGGAAGGAGAGUUGGGUUCGGAUCCAUCUCUUAAUACUGUAACAGCAGCGGAGCACGUUGAUACUCUAGUGACUAUAGAGAAAACAGCUGAUGAUAUACGAGGUAUUAACUUACCUGAUGAUGACAGCGACGACUCGCCUGACGAAGCCGAUCAAUUAAAAGUUACUAUUAAAUCAAUUCCUAAAAAUCUUUCUAAGGAGAAGUCCCGUUCCAUAGAUAGUCUACGCUCAGAUAUAUCUGAAAGCAGCGAAUUUUCUUGGCGACGCCAGUCCUUGCGAAGAGACUCAAGACCGAGAUCACUUACUGGAUCUUCUCUUAACGAGCCACAAAACCAAGACGCGAAAGUAAAAGAAUUUGAAGUACCACCUAUUCCACCACCAAGGAGCAAAGGUCACGCACGAGCAAGUUCGUUGGAUUUAAAUCAACUUUUCAGUGCAAAGGCUACGCUUUCUGCGCAAGAACUAAAAGUCCGCUACCCUUCAGCUUCAGAUGAAACUUCUGCCAAGUCAGAACCGCCUCAAAAACCACCCAGAGUUAGUGCUCCUGCAAAAUCUAUCCAACUAACGUCAUCAAUUGAUUCAUGCCACCUUCCACCACCACAGCCGGCAUGUCAUCUUCCACCACCACAGCCGGCGUUGAGAACUAGUCUCAACCGCACCACUAGAAUUCGAAAUCGCUCUUUUUCCCUCGAGUCCAGCGUCCUUCUCGAUGCACAACGAAAGUCAGACGGUUUAGUUGCUCGCACAGAAGAGAAUGUUGCAAGAAAAAGACUGAUGAGUGCCGAUACUGUCGAAAAAGAUGUCGUUGCUGUGCAAAGUCCUAAAUCAAAGGAACACGGUGUUCGUUUUUCCGAAGAAACUCAAGUUAUGUCUCAAAAGAAAAGUCCUUUAGAAAGGCGUAUGCGCAAGAACGAACUUCAAGCCAGUAUUCGACUUUUACGUAACAAGAACACGGCUUUAGAAACUUUAAAUAGUCAGUUGGAUAUCGAGUGGAAAGAGAUAUGCGAAGAAAGAUUAACGCUAGACGUCAAACUACAAAAUUUAAAACAACAAGAUCUUGCGGAUUAAUCAGAUGCCCUGCAUGUAGUAUAUAUUUUUUUACUUUAAAAUCAUUCACAUCAUGAUUACAACCUAGUUACAGUGUGUGUGGACAAUUUGGUGCGGAGAUUUGCAGUGGCGCAAAGAAUUGGGAACUUACAUCAAAGUUUCUGUUAAAGGGACGAUUUUAUCUUGCAAUAUUAAAUUAUGAUUCAUUUGAAUAUCUUAGCUCAAAGACGAACCCUGAGAAUAUUUUAUUCAUUUUUUGCUACGUGCUAUAUUUUUUUUUCGUUUGUGUUUCGAAUAAAUUUACAUAUAUUAUUUUAUAUAACAUAACCUAAUUUAGACGUAAAUUCUUUUGCGAAUAUAAGAGUAAGCGUGAAAACACGUUGUAUUGAC